CUGCACCCUGUAGGAGGCGGGCAUCAGUGUGUGGAGAAGCUGUGUCUAGCUAGUUCGAUAGCUAACUCAGUUACUUAUCUGUUUAUAGCCUAUAAAUGGGUUUCCAAUGCUAACUGCUUCCUUUUCUUUGUUUUUGUUGAAAACACGAUGAACAGGACACAACUGAAGCGGUCGAAAAUUCUCGGCAUGGCUCUCGCAGGCUCUGAUUCUGUGGAUCAAGAUGGAGAGACGGAGACUUUUUUAGUGAGAGCCAUCAAAAUAACUUUUGUUGUAGCUCUCUAUUGGUUUAUAUCUAUUACCAUGGUCUUUUUAAACAACCAUUUGCUAGAAAUCCGUGAACUGAACGCCCCCUUGUUCGUGACAUUUUUCCAGUGCCUUGUAACCGUGGGUCUUUGCUGGUGCAUGCACCUCACGUCGAAACUGUGUCCCGGAGUCGUGUACUUCCCCUCCCUUAAGUUUGACCAUAAAGUCUCAAGAGAAGUCUUACCACUGUCAUUCGUCUUCAUCGGCAUGAUUACUUUCAAUAACCUGUGCCUGAAACAUUUGGGAGUUGCGUUUUACACUGUAGGAAGGUCGCUCAGUACAGUUUUUAAUGUAAUCCUGUCUUAUGUCAUACUCAAGCAAACCACUUCUUUAUAUGCGCUUCUGUGCUGCGGGGUGAUUUUAGGAGGGUUCUGGCUGGGUGUCGACCAGGAGGGGGCAGAAGGAUCACUGUCCUGGUUAGGAGUUGUCUAUGGAGUCCUUGCCAGUAUGUGCGUGUCCCUAAAUGCCAUUUACACAAAAAAGGUGCUGCCAGUUGUGGAUGAAAGCAUAUGGAAGCUGUCAUUUUACAACAACAUCAACGCCUGUGUCCUAUUCAUUCCGCUCAUCUUUGUCUUCGGUGAGGCGCCAAAAGUCUACAGUUUUAACGGGAUGGACGACUGGAAUUUCUGGGGUAUGAUGAUCACGGGAGGAAUCUUUGGGUUUGCCAUUGGCUACGUCACUGGCCUUCAGAUUAAAUACACAAGCCCGCUGACGCAUAAUGUGUCAGGCACGGCCAAAGCCUGUGCACAGACUGUCCUGGCUGUCGCGUACAACUCCAGUAUCAAGAGUUUGUUGUGGUGGACAAGUAACUUGAUGGUCCUGGGUGGCUCCUUUGCUUACACCUGGGUUAAAGGGAUGGAAAUGAAAAAGGUUCAGGAUGAGCCUGAGUCAAAAGCUAAGGUACAAAAGACUGACUCUGGUGUGUAAGGAAUCUGGGAUGAUCUUUGUUUAGGGCAAAGACCCUUUAUGUGUAAGAAAGUGGACAAGAUAAUAUCCUAAUGCUGGCAAUGAGCAAUGCAACCUAUAUUUCAUUGCCUCUAUAGGGUCUGCUUUUUUUUUUAAUUUUGUGCCAGUUCAUGUAGCACAUAGAGAGUUUUAUGCAAUUUUUAUGUGCUGCAUUUUUCUCCUCUUUAACAAAGGGUUAUCAUUGUCAGACUAUUUAUUUGCAUUACUCAUUACGUGUUUAAAAUGUGUUUUGGUAUUAGACAACUGCAGUCUGAGAUCACAAGGCGAGUGCGGUUUCAAAGUAGAAAUACUUGUGUCAUUCAACUAAAAAACAAUUUUGUCUGCUUUUAUGUCUAAGUAUGGAUUUCAAAUUUUGUGACUGAGUUUUGGAGCUGUUGGAUAUCAACAAGAGGAAAGAACUAUCAUAUAUUUUUUGUCAUAAUUAAUGUUAUCUGGUUCAUUAAUAGUAGAAACCAAAGAACAAUCAAUGUUAUAAGAUUAAUUAAAUUAGUUACAGGAUUUCUAAUUAAGAGCACUGGGUGAAAAAGAAAUCCCUUUUGUAUCAGAUUGUGUUAUUUUUUGGGUUGAGUGGUAAGCUGAGUGGCAUGGUGGCUCAUUGAUUAGCACUCAUGCCUCACACCUUCAGGCUUGGGGUUUAGAUCCCACUUCCACUGUGUGUGUGUGGAGUUUAUAUGUUCUUGCUGUGUUGUGUGAGUUUCCACUGGGUACUUUGGUUUCCUCCUGCAGUUCAAAGAAAUACAGUUAGGCUGACUGGCACCCCUAAAUCGAUCAUGUGAUGAUUAAGUGUAAGUGUACCCUGCAAUGGCAUGCCAUCGAGGGUAUAUCCCAGCCUUGUGCCUUGUGCUGCCUGGGAUAGGAUCCAGACCCAGCCUGACCAGGAUAAAUACUUGCAAGAGUUGGAUGGAGCGGGAAGCUGAAAGAAAAUUGAUUAAAGACACAGAUUCUCUGGUGUUCUGGAUGGUGAAUAACGCAUUAUUGAUCUCUUGAGUUGGAAUAUAAUGGGCAAUGUUGUUAAGUGUGGUUGUUAGAAUAAAGAUAUAAAAUGUAUUUGCAUUUUCAAUGGAUUAUCAGAUUUUGUUGUAUGUUUGAUAAAAUCAUUCCUUUGAAUUAAAAUGAUUUCAAUACUGGUAUGUA